AUGGCACUUGAUAUUUCGUUUUGCGGACGACCUUGUGUGUUUGUUAAUUUCAAGAUUGUAGCUUGUGGGGUUGUAUAUGCUGCAGCUCGUAGAUUCCAAGUACCUCUUCCUGAAAAUCCACCAUGGUGGAAAGCAUUCGAUGCAGAGAAAUAUGGGAUUGAUGAAGUUUGUAAAGUUUUGGCUCAUCUGUAUAGCCUUCCUAAGGCACAGUAUAUAUCAGUCUGCAAGGAUGGAGAUUUUUCUUCUUCUAACAAGUCGUCAGAUUCACAACUGCAGCCAGUAAUUCCAAAGAUGGAGCAUGGUGGAUUGCCUAAUGAUGGAGCAAGUAUUGCUUUUGUUUUCAGAAAACAAAGCAACCUCGUGAACUUCCAUGGAGUGGCCUACGUACCUGCUAAUAAUGAUUUAACUGAGCAAAGGCAGCUCCAAGGGGGAGAGAGGGAUAGGGAUAGGAUAAAGGCCCAGGAUCACGAUAGGGGCAGAGAUUCUGUCAGGGAAAGAGAGCGAGAUGAAAUUGAAAGAGACAGGGAUAGAGGUAAGGAUCGAGGUCAUCCUCGUUCAAAGGAUAGAGGAAGAGAAUCAGGCCACUCGGAGAAAUCAAGGCAUCAUUCAUCACACGGUGUGUCUUUUAACUGGCCUUCCGAGGUUCAUCUUUUUUCCUUCGUGCACGUGUGUGGCAGUCCUCUUAUCGGCGACUAUUUUGCAUUUUUAGAUCCUUAUUACCACAGUUUCUCCUAUUCAUCAAGAGAGAAGGAUCGAUCGAUGUGGGCAUUAGUGAUCAUAUAUAUGCUUGAACUGCCCGUUGGCUUGUGCAUGCAUGCAUUUCCUAUCACUUCCGAGAGAUAUAUGUACCAGCACGGACUACAAAGACACUACCUAUAUAUAUUAAUAACAUGGUUGUUUUACAUAUUUCGUCUGCGUUCCUUUGUGAGGAGGGAAGGAAGAAGAAGAAACAUCAUGCUAGGACAGGAACAAAAAUUAAAAAUCACCGAGUUCCAUUUUGCUAGUUCCCUCAACACUAUCCGCUCUGUACUUGAAACUGGGCCUUUCUGUGCAAAUCUUUUUUAACCCUUUCUUGUAAAUUAUAAGGUGAUCACGUCAUGCUGGUUUGGCUAACCACACCAUUUGAAGAGGAGGGGAUGCUGAUGCUG